GAAGCGCAGGCGGAGCGCACGUCCGUCAGCCCGUCGGUCCGCUGGUCCGCCGCCCGUACCCCGAGCGCCUCGGCCCUCCUCGCUGUCCCGCCGUCUUUCUGGCCCAAACUGUGGCCAGGGUACUCAUCAUGGCGACAUUCAUCUCGGUGCAGCUGAAGAAGACCUCGGAGGUGGACCUGGCCAAGCCGCUGGUGAAGUUCAUCCAGCAGACCUACCCGAGCGGCGGGGAGGAGCAGGCCCAGUACUGCCGCGCGGCCGAGGAGCUCAGCAAGCUGCGCCGCGCCGCCCUGGGCCGCCCGCUGGACAAGCACGAGGGCGCCCUGGAGACGCUCCUGAGAUAUUAUGAUCAGAUUUGUGCCAUUGAGCCCAAAUUCCCAUUUUCUGAAAAUCAGAUAUGUUUGACAUUUACCUGGAAGGAUGCUUUUGAUAAAGGUUCACUUUUUGGAGGAUCUGUAAAAUUGGCUCUUGCAAGCUUAGGAUAUGAAAAGAGCUGUGUGUUGUUCAAUUGUGCAGCCUUAGCUAGCCAGAUUGCAGCAGAACAGAACCUGGAUAAUGAUGAAGGAUUGAAAAUCGCUGCUAAACAUUACCAGUUUGCUAGUGGUGCCUUUUUACAUAUUAAGGAGACGGUUUUAUCUGCCUUAAAUCGAGAGCCUACUGUGGACAUAUCUCCAGAUACUGUUGGGACCCUCAGUCUUAUCAUGCUGGCACAGGCCCAAGAAGUAUUUUUUUUAAAAGCUACAAGAGAUAAAAUGAAAGAUGCCAUCAUAGCUAAAUUGGCUAAUCAGGCUGCAGAUUACUUUGGUGAUGCUUUCAAACAGUGUCAGUACAAAGACACUCUCCCCAAGUAUUUUUAUUUCCAGGAGGUGUUCCCCGUCUUGGCUGCAAAGCACUGUAUCAUGCAGGCCAACGCCGAGUACCACCAGUCUAUCCUGGCAAAGCAGCAGAAGAAAUUUGGGGAAGAGAUUGCAAGGUUACAGCAUGCAGCAGAAUUGAUUAAGACAGUGGCAUCUCGCUAUGAUGAAUAUGUCAAUGUGAAGGAUUUUUCUGACAAAAUCAGCCGUGCCCUUACUGCAGCAAAAAAGGAUAAUGAUUUCAUUUAUCAUGAUAGAGUUCCAGACCUUAAAGAUCUAGAUCCUAUUGGCAAAGCCACACUUGUGAAGUCUACCCCAGUAAAUGUACCUAUCAGCCAGAAGUUCACUGAUCUGUUUGAGAAGAUGGUUCCUGUGUCAGUGCAACAGUCUUUGGCUGCAUUUAACCAGAGAAAAGCUGAUUUGGUUAACAGAUCAAUUGCUCAAAUGAGAGAAGCUACCACUUUGGCAAAUGGGGUAUUAGCUUCUCUUAAUCUUCCAGCAGCAAUUGAAGAUGUGUCUGGAGAUACUGUACCUCAGUCUAUAUUGACCAAGUCCACGUCUGUGAUUGAACAGGGAGGUAUCCAGACUGUUGAUCAGUUGAUCAAAGAACUACCUGAACUACUACAAAGAAAUAGAGAAAUCUUAGAUGAGUCACUAAGAUUGUUGGAUGAAGAAGAGGCAACUGAUAAUGAUUUAAGAGCAAAAUUCAAGGAACGCUGGCAAAGAACACCAUCCAAUGAUCUCUAUAAACCUUUAAGAGCAGAGGGUACUGGCUUCAGAACAGUUUUAGAUAAAGCUGUGCAAGCAGAUGGACUAGUAAAAGAACGUUACCAGUCUCAUCGUGACACCAUUUCACUUCUCUGUAAACCAGAACCAGAACUGAACGCUGCUAUCCCCUCUGCUAACCCAGCAAAGACCCUGCAGGGCAGUGAGGUUGUAAAUGUCUUAAAAUCCUUAUUGACAAAUCUUGAUGAAGUAAAGAAGGAAAGAGAGAAUCUUGAGAAUGACCUUAAGUCAAUGAAUUUUGAUAUGACAAGCAAGUUUUUGACAGCUUUGGCUCAAGAUGGUGUGAUUAAUGAAGAAACUCUUUCCAUCACUGAACUGGAUCGAAUCUAUGGGAGUCUUACAACUAAAGUCCAAGAAUCUCUAAAGAAACAGGAGGAACUUCUGAAAAAUAUUCAGGUGUCACACCAGGAAUUUUCAAAAAUGAAACAGUCUAACAAUGAAGCUAAUUUAAGAGAAGAAGUUUUGAAGAAUUUAGCUACUGCAUAUGACAACUUUGUUGAACUUGUAGCUAAUUUGAAGGAGGGCACAAAGUUUUAUAAUGAGCUGACUGAAAUCUUGGUCAGGUUCCAGAACAAAUGCAGUGAUAUAGUGUUUGCACGGAAGACAGAAAGAGAUGAACUCUUAAAGGACUUGCAGCAAAGCAUUGCCAGAGAACCUAGUGCUCCCUCAAUUCCUACACCUGCGUAUCAGUCCUCUCCCGCAGGAGGACAUGCACCAGCUCCUCCAACUCCAGCUCCAAGAACCAUGCCGCCUUCUAAGCCCCAACCCCCAGCCCGCCCGCCACCUCCUGUGCUUCCAGCAAACCGAGCUGCUUCUGCUACUGCCCCAGCUCCAGUGGGGACUGGGAGUGCAACACCAGCUCCAACACCAGCUCCAUCACAAACCCCUGGCUCAGCUCCCCUUCCACAGGCCCAGGGACCACCAUACCCCACCUAUCCAGGAUAUCCCGGGUAUUGUCAAAUGCCCAUGCCCAUGGGCUAUAAUCCUUAUGCCUACGGCCAGUAUAAUAUGCCAUACCCACCAGUGUAUCACCAGAGCCCUGGGCAAGCUCCAUACCCAGGACCCCAGCAGCCUUCAUACCCCUUCCCUCAGCCCCCACAGCAAUCAUACUAUCCACAGCAGUAAUAUGUCUACUCAGAAGCUCGGCGGGUUCAGUUCAGAGGGAAAGAAGUACCAACUCUGCAAUAAGUGUACUAAACUCUGCGCCCUGGUUAAUGUAGUGUACUUUACUGAAUGCAGUGUAUAAUUUCUGUCUGCGGCUAAAAGCUAAAAGCUAUGCCCCAGUUCCACAUUUGAUUGAACACGUGGAAUUUGCUGCUGUUGCAGUAUAAACACUAGGUAUAAUAGGAUUUGAAAUAAAUUACAUUACAGUUCAUAAAAGUUGAAAAUGAGAAAUUAAACCUGCAAGUGAAAUGUUUGAAAGUAGCUUAUUUUAUACAUAAGUUGUGGUUGGGACAUCAGACCCUUAUAAAAAUGGUUUAAGUACUGAUGUUCAAAGAAACUAAAUUUUCUUUAUCUUUUGGUUUAUUGAUUUGGUUUAAUUUCCAUUAUGAUAUUUUACAUAAUCAAGACAUUGUAAAUCUUAUAAUUUAAAAAUAAAUUACUUAAGAACAGUUGUCAUUGUUAUGUUUUGUCAUUGAUUCUCAUUAUUGUCUAAUUCCUUUCUGGUAUUAGUCUCAUUUUGUAUGUUCACACGUUAAGCAGAAACUGUGUUUAAGUGCACAAAUAGUGCAAGUUAAUAGUCAGGUUCAAGAACAUUUUAUAGGAAAACCAAAAGAAUAGUAUCAUAAUUUAUCUUUCAUAUGCUGAUUAAUAAAUUAAUUUUGACAUUUAUUUUAAAAAAGUCCAACAAUGUGGAAGAAACACACAGUUGUUACCAAAGAUUCUUCAAGUAAAUGUACAAAUAUAUAUAUUUAAUGUAUUAUUGUUAGCUUCUAGAAAUCAAUGCAAAUUCUGGUAAUGAUUCUUUAAUCUUUCAUAACCUGGUUAAAUAAAUAAAUGUCAUUGAUAAUACUAUCUAAUGUAAUAGAAUUGUUCGGAGAAAAUUUACUGUACCCUUCCACUUUUUCCACUUUCUUAACCUAGUAAUGUUUAAUGCACAAUGUAUAUGAAUAGAUCUAAGCCCCUGCCCCCCUUCGCUCCUAAAAGAUUGGAUUAUUUUAUAAUGUAGGGAUCACACAAAACAAUUGGGACCACAUACAAAUUCUGGAAUAGGCUAUGUAUUAUUUGCUGUUACUUUCUCCUGUUAGGAUAUUUAGUCACUGUAUGAACCUCAGUAAAAACAAUAAAGAUUCAGCAUGCAGAUGAUGAGAUGAGAAAGGUGUGAGUUGUCCAGUGUCACAGGGAGGACUGUUUUAUGUGAGGUUCAUUUUUGAUCACAUUAGGCAUAUGAGUUGAUCUCCAGUGAAUCUAUGUUAUUUUCUGAGUUUUAAUGCUGACUUUUCUUGCAUUAUUGUUUUAUUUAAAUUAUACUGUCAUUUGGUCCACUGUUGUUUUCAUUGAUAAUUUAGAUUCAUAUUUAAAAUGUUAGACUAAAAGUAUGAUUGUAAAAGGGAGUAAAUUGGUUUAAAAUAUAUGUAUAUUUAAAAAAUCUUAUUUUGUUGUAUGUAGAAAACACAGACAUGUUAAUUCAAUACAAGUGACCUUUGAUGACAUGGAAUAUUGAAAUUGGUUUGCAGUCCAGUAGUUAAGCCCUGGCAAAAACAGUUUUUUACAUACAUUGCUAAGUUUUAAUACUUUGGAUUCAUCAAAGUGUGAGAUGGGUUUGACUCCUUUGUAAAUGGCAUUGAAGUUCUACAUUCUCACCAUUUGGGGUAUCUUAUACUUAACAUAAGACACCCAGUAAGAGUUAGGGAUCUCCCAAAUUGCUAAUUUAUAAUUCUUAAUAUAUGCAGAAACAAGGCAAAAAGCAAAAUUGGCCUGAAUAUUCUCUUGGGGAAAAAAGGCAAUAAGGGAAAGGGUAAAUGCAUCAGAUAUCCAAAAGAGAAGUAUAAGGCCAGUUAGCUAAGCUGCAUCUGCUCAAAGAGGUGAGGGAAAGUGGUUUAGAACUCCCAGAAAAGGAGCCUUCAGGACUUGCCCAGUUAGCAAAUCCUUUUUUAUGCAGUGACUCAGACCCAUUUUCUCAUCCAUUUACUCAUCCUUUAGAUUGUUAAAGAUACUUUCUUUUGGUCAUCCCCGUUCAGGUACACGUGACCAAAUCUUCAGCGCUUCAUUGCUGGAUUUGUCUUCACAGGUUUUUCUGGUUUCCUUAAGGUGAUAUGCAAAGAAGCCUUUUCUUACAUGUAUUUUACAUUCUAGCAAACAAGAAGGAAAUCCUCUUUGGGAUUGUGUUUGUUACCAGACUUCUUAAUCCUUUGCUUAGCUUCCUGUGUUCAACAAAAUACCCCAAGAUGUUAUGGAUAGUGCUGUUUAUUUGGAGAUAGGAGGAUUCUGUUCUGUGGUUGAGAUAUGUAGUUCCCAUGUAGGCUUUUUUGUUAUCUAACUAAACUAAAGGAACCAUCCCAUAUAAGUUGGAUUUUGCAGUACUGUUUUAAAAUGGAUUAAUAAUGGAGCUCUAUGUAGAAGAACUAGUCAGAAGUGGGAGAAAAACUGUCUUUUAUUUCUUGUUCCUAGUUAACAACAGAUGACCUGACUUUUCAGUCUGGUACAAAGCAUUGAGCUAAAGAGAACUAUUCCUCUACUCCUUGAUCUUAAGAAAUCCAGUCAUGUCACUGCAAUUAAAUCUUUGUGAGAUAUCUUUGUACCCAUACCCCAACUUCUUUGUAGUUUAUAAUGACUUGCCCCAUCUAAGUGCUUACAGGAAAAAAACCAGGUGGAUUUCACAGAGCCUUCAGUGAUCCCACUGCUCUAUCCCAGUCAGCAGCCUUUCUAGUCAAAGCAGAUUUUAAAAUGUUUUCCAUUAGAACUUUACACUUUGCAAAAGUGUUUUGUAUACAUUUUCUAAUUUCAUAAACAGGAUAAAAUAUAAUUUAAGUAGGUUUCAGUUUGCUAAUGGGGAUUUUUUCCCCUUAUGAUUAGUAUUAUCUUGAAGAAUCUUGCUACAACCCAGUGUUACUUCAUUUUUUAAAAACUUCUGAAAUUAUUAGUUGAUUCACAAUACAAAACAGGAUACAAAGCAGGAAGAAAAAACCUGCUAUAGUCUUACAAAUUGCUGGUUUAAAUACAGACUUUAGAACUAAAUGGUUGAUUAUAAGAUUUACAUGGAAGAGAAAAGAAGGAAAAUUAUAUUUUUAAAGAAAGAGAAUAUUCAGGCUUUAUUUCUGGUAUGAAGUUUAUAUUUUUAAAAAAGGUCCUAUAUUAUCACACCAGAGAUUUUAGAUUCUUUUCUGGUUACAAACAUUGCUGGUAGUUGGAUUAUAUUUUUAUUGUAUUCAUUUCUCUUAGGGGGAAAAUUGUAAAGAAACAAAAAGGUUCCAGAUGAAUGUAUCCUAGAAAUAAAGGUUGAAAGAUUCUUAA